CAGUGAAGCUGACACUGUGCUGAGGUUCAUUGGGUGAAGCCGGCGAGGUGCGAAGAUUCAUUGGUUGGCUCAGUCCGGGCAAACACGCGUGUCGAUUUUCUGUCUUCACUGGCGAGGUUUGCGAAGUAACGCAGAGUUAAUAACGCCUCCUCAGCGGUUCGGCGUCUGCGAAGAAUGAAUUCUAUUUGGCCGAGUACUGAUUUCUAUCCGACGAAGGCUGCCGCUGCUCGGGCGGUCCUCGCCUGCUGUAAUUACACCCGGGUUGUAAGCGAUGCCGCGGUCGGGGCAGCCGCUCGGGACGAGCGCAGCCUCUACAUCAUGAAAGUGGUCCAGAUCGCUGUCCUCUGCGUCCUCUCCCUCACUGUCAUCUUCGGUAUUUUCUUCCUGGGCUGCAACCUGCUCAUCAAGUCGGAGAGUAUGAUUAACCUCCUGGUGAAGGAGCGGAGACCGUCGAAAGAGGUGGAGGCUAUAAUCAUCGGCUCUUUCUAAAGUUCGGAGCAAAGGACAAGACCAGGAGGUGGUGGGAAAUGAUCCUUGCGAAGAGGUCAAUGAACUCUGGACUCUAAAGAGGACUAUCAAUUCGCCCUGCAGAGUGUUUAAAUUCUCUGAAAGAAAAUAGUUUUGUAAGAGCGCGGCUGAGUUAUAAGAAGUUUGCUCGCGGUGUGCAUUUGGGGUGUGGGGAAGAUACGGACAAUGUACUGCAGUGUAAUGUCUGUUGGGCGGAUAUCGGAAUACCGUUUCACCGUGUCGUGCCCCCCACCUCCCUUGGCUUAGAAAAUUAAAAAAAAGAAUGGGGAAAUGAUUACGAGGAGUUCUCGGUUCGUCCUGUUGGAUCAAAAUGUAACAUUAGCGUGCCUGUUUCAGUACUGAGUUCUGAACUUAAACACUUCGUGUUAAAACCGAUGUUGAGAUGAUUCUUGCGAUGGUGUACACUUAGCUGCUUUGAAAGCUUUCUCCCGGGUUUGAGUUGUCAAUCAUACCCCAAAGUUAGAAUGUUGCGUCCUCGUUGUAUAAUGACCUGUCUGGCUCAAGCAUCCCUGCUAGCUCUUUGAAAGUACUGUCCAUUUAAUGCCAAAGUCCUGCAGAUGCCCCUUUCCAACCCCCUCCGCAUUCCACUCUCUACCUCAUUUCCAUUAGGGAGGUCCCAUAUUCCGACCACCACACCCCGACCUGGGUCCGCGCCCUUCUCCCAAACCGAGAAAGCCCAGGCAAGAGCGGGCAGGAGCUGAUGUUACAUUUCAUAUGUAGCUUGAAUCUCGAGAAGGAUCAAAGUGUGUAUGUAAUGUGGUUUGCGGACACUCCAUCCUGAGUAAAGCUCUCGAAAGUUUCAAUUUUCCUUCUCGGGGAGAGAACUUUUCUAAAGGCCUCUGCAGGCGGGAAAAGAAGGCGUCGAGGGUGGGAAAACUGCCGUUGCCAUUGCUGGGCAAAUACCUGAUGUCCUUUAGGACUUUUGUUAGUCUGCUUAAAAUAAAUUGGGCAGCCGCACGGUAGAAGGUGUUGGAGAGGAGAACUGUAUAACUGAAUAGACUGACAUGCGGGCGUUUAUAUUUAAUCCGCACAGCCUUUAUUAGGUGACGAUUAUUGUAUUAUUGUGUGUUUAUUAAUAUGUAUGGGGCUUUAUUAUUGAUUUCUAAAAAUCAUCAACAUAGUACUGUUUCCCCCGUAUAUUGUGUUGAAAACAUUAACAAUAAAUUGAUCAAUCAAUUUUGAGAUAUUUGGUGUAUUGA